GUAAGAUUUAUUUCACGCAUAAUUUUUUCCAAAUUUCAAUUGACAUCUUUCGAACCCAAGGUUGAAGUUGAAUUUGUAUUGAAUUUUCAGCAGAAUAUCACAACGUAAGCAUACAAUGCGGUGAAACAUUGAAAUUUCCAGAAAAUGGCAUAAAAGCAGAAAAUGGAGUGAAGUGGUAUCAUUUAUCGAGAGAAAAUUUACAAAAAGAGCUUACCAGUACAGGAAAUCAGUUAUCUACGUUCGAAGUUGAGAAUUUGCUGAAAGUUUCAUUCCUUCAUAUACAAGGGGUGUCGAUCUACGACGCAGGAUGGUAUUCUUGCCUCAGGCAAUCAGAAAAAACCAAAGAAAUUCUUCAUAGCAUUUGGUUAGAUGUCCACUGUGAUGGCGACGAAGAAAUCCAAUUCCGCAGGAAAAAAACACAAAAGAUCCAGAAUGGAGAAGGAAGUCCUUUUAUCGCCAGAAAAAUGUACUUUAUUGAGAAUAAUGCGACGAUGCUAACGUUGUUCUCUUUUUCCAGAGGAUAUCCGCGACCAUUCAAUAAUACUUGGUACGAGAAUGAUAAACUAAUCAGUAGUGACGUUUUAAGGAUACCUUUACAUGUCGGUGAACUCAAAGUGCCCAAAAAAUACAUCAAUAAGAUUUGCAAUAGAAAUGGCUGCAUACAUGAAAGAUACACAGUCAAAUUUUCAACAGGAAAUGGAAAAAUUGAACUGGAAGAAGACCAAGGUAAAUUUAUAGAUUUGCGUUGUGAAUUUUUAUCAAAGUCUCCGUGGAUUUCAGAAUGGGUUUUUAAUAACAGUAUACAACUAGGGAAGGUAGAUAAUGCCCCCACAACUAAAUACACCUUCUUUCCGAUAAGCAAGAUAGUCAAUCACUAUGAAGGCGAAUUCGAAUGUAAAGCGAAUGAUGUAAAUUUCAAAUGGGAAAAGAAACGUAUUUUUUAUUUGAAAGUCGUCAAACGUACUAUUAGCCCAUACUUGAAUAUCAGCUCAAUUGGUCGAAGCUCGAUGAGCCAGGUUAGUGCAAAUUGCACUAAAAAAGUAGUAUUUUAUUGUCACACUGGAGAAGAGGAAAAUGAAGGAAGGUGGUAUCGCUUUUCGAGCAACAACUCUCGAGACAUGGAUUCAGAUCGUAGAGAUAAAUUUAUAGUCCAAUCAUUGUACAACAAAAAGGGGUACUUCCCAGAAUUUAUAUUUGGUUCGAUAUCGAUCUACGACGUGGGACUUUACACAUGCCUAGAUCAGAAUAAUAAUAUCGUCAAUACUACUUGGUUGGAUGUCACUUGCUCUGGUAGUACUGAUACUGACACAAAUCAACACACGCAAAAUCAAAUUGAAAAAAUCCAGAACGGUAAAGCAGCACCAUACAUUAUUCGUAAAAUACUCUCAGUUACCAGCGAUGGCACUUCACUCAGAUUUUGGUGUCCGUCUAGAGGAUAUCCGACGCCUACAAUCAAUUGGAUAAAAAAUACUCACGAAAAUAUACAAAAUGAAACAGUUACUUUAUUACUACCAGGGUCAGUCAAUAGGGCACAAAAAAAUCUGGAAAAGUACACUUGCUCAGUAUGCAACGAAAAUGGCUGCAUAAAUGAAACUUAUCUGGUUGAAAUAAAAGAGAAUGCAAUCAUUUCACUGAAUGUAACUGUGAAUCAGAGGAUCGAAAUCGGUUGUGAAUUUGACUUCACAUCGCCAUUCACAUUGGAAUGGUAUUUCUAUAAUGAAAGCGAAAAUAAAACCCUUGGAACAUUCUAUUUUACACCUGAAGAAGUAUUCCAUUAUUAUUCGAUCGAUGUUGCGAUGCAUUCGGAUGAAGGUACAUACGAGUGUAAGGCGAACAAUUCAGAAAAGAAAAUUCAACGUCGUUUUUAUUUACACAUCACCAACAAGACAAACCCAUCCACAAAUAAUUCCUCGGCCAUUCUUGAAACUGCAAAUGGUGUAUUUACCGGUACUUAUGGUUUUAUUUUUGUGGCGUCAUUUUCAUUAAUUUUAUUAUUAAUUGGGAUAGUAUUCUACACAAUUAUCGCGUACCGUAAAUUAAACCAAAAGCGAAAAUUAGAGAAAACAGAGAUGCAGCAAUUUGUAAAAAAGAUCAUCGUUGAAAAACACAUCAACAUCAAUAGCGAUAUGCCAGAUUGCUUGAACAUGCCCACUGUUUCAAUCCAACGCAUACAGACUGAUAUCGUCACAGGUGGUAUGGUCUCCAAUGACGAAUACGAAAUAUCGAUCGAUCAACGAUGGGAAUUUCCCAGGAAUAAUUUACGUCUCGGAAACACUUUGGGUAAAGGUGAAUUUGGCAAAGUCGUUCGAGGUGAAGUGUUGAGCAUUCCAGGACAGGAAAACGUUACAACAACAGUUGCUGUGAAAAUGCUCAAAGACGACCACACAGACAACGAUGUGAUAGAUUUCGUAUCAGAAAUGGAGCUGAUGAAGUUGAUUGACCAUCACCCCAAUAUUUUACAAUUGAUUGGCUGUUGCACUCAAAAAACCCCUUUGCUCAUAUUAACCGAAUACGCUGCCAAAGGAAACCUCAAAAAUUACCUCCAGAAACUUCAUAUUCAACACGAAAAUGUGCCAGAAAAUACUCUGAUGAAAUAUGCUCUGCAAAUUGCACAGGGCAUGGAAUAUCUCGCUUCCAUCAAAUGCAUUCAUAGAGAUCUAGCAGCUCGAAAUGUCUUGGUAAUGGUCGACUUGACGAUGAAAAUAGCCGAUUUCGGCCUAGCCAGAAAUAUUCGCAAUAAAGACUAUUAUAAAAAGACAUCAGCAGGCAGACUUCCCAUUAAAUGGAUGGCUCCUGAAGCAAUACUUCACCACCAUUAUACCACCAAAUCGGACGUAUGGUCUUUUGGAAUAUUAUUUUGGGAAAUUGUUACAUUGGGAAGUGAGCCAUAUCCUGCGAUGAAAAAUAUGGCCGAGCUGCUUCAAGCUCUUUCAAAAAAUUAUCGUAUGGAGAAACCUCCAAAUACUUCAUCAAAAGUAUACAACUUCAUAUGGGAUUGUUGGAAGUAUGAACCGGAACAUCGUCCAGACUUCUCGACUGUUGUAGAAAUUUUGGAAGCAUUAUUAACAAAUACUGAAUCGAAGCUCAAUGAUCAAUCAGAGGAUACAAAAAAUACGUAUCCAUCUGAAUCAGAUGAAAUAAUUAGCACAUCAGAAUCUAGUGAAAACACGAAUGAUGCUGAACAACAUCACUUGAUACCUUAAUACUUAGUAUACACGGGUAAAUAGGUACCUACCUAAGUAUACCAUUAGUUUUGAAAUUAAGAUUAUAACAGUCCAAGUGUAAAAUAAAUUAAAU